UCUCUGAACAGCAGGUUAAGACAGCAGCAAAACUCUUCUAUAAUAAUGAACAGGGAGGGUGUCUGAGUCCUUGAGUUCCCCAGAGACUGGACAUCCAUCUCCAGAAAGGGUCUGCCAUUUGUUGUAACAGCGGCCCCAAAGUCUAUCAGUAAUGAGCCAACUGACUGAAAAAGGUACUUUGUGGUAAAGCACGAUGUUCUGUCCUUUGGCCAGGGGGAAUCAAGUGUCCACCGGCAAUGAUGUUCACGCAUCUGGCUCCCUCUGCCCUUCUUCUGAUGACUCUUCAGCCCUGCAACUCUACAACGUUAAGGUAAUUUAGACGAGUAAUGAGUUCGCAAGUAUAGUUGACAGCCGUGGCUGGACCUUCUGCAGAAGCAUGGCUACGUCCUUAGGCUGUGAGGAAGGGUAAAUGCACAGGGCUUUGUGCACAGUCCCCGGCUAUUCCAGCAGGAAAGGCCAAGGACGCCACAGCACGCUGCCCUUCGCGGCCACAAGAUGGGGGCCGGCUCAGACGCCUGAGCGGCCGUUGCACCUCCACUGUCUACAGAGGCCACGCCCCCUCACUCCCCUUCCCCGCGGCAGGAGGUGGUGGGCGUGGCCUGGGCGGUGCUUGCCACGUGAUGGCGGCGGCCGCUGUGAGCAGCGCCAAGCGGAGCCUGCGGGCGGAGCUGAAGCAGCGUUUGCGGGCCCUAAGCGCGGAAGAACGGCUGCGCCAGUCUCACCUCCUCACUCAGAAGGUGAUUGCCCACAGUCAGUAUCAAAAUUCCAAAAGAAUUUCCAUCUUUUUGAGCAUGCAAGAUGAAAUUGACACGGAAGAGAUCAUCAAGGACAUUUUCAAACAAGGCAAAAUCUGCUUCAUCCCUCGGUACCGAUUCCAGAGCAAUCACAUGGACAUGGUGAAAUUAGCAUCACCUGAAGAGAUCUCUUCACUUCCCAAAACAUCCUGGAAUAUUCAUCAGCCUGGUGAGGGAGACAUUCGGGAGGAGGCCUUAUCCACGGGUGGACUUGACCUCAUCUUCUUGCCAGGCCUCGGGUUUGACAGAGAUGGCAACCGGCUUGGGCGGGGCAAGGGCUACUAUGACACCUACCUGAAGCGCUGUGUGCAGCAUCAGGAAGUGAAGCCCUACACCUUGGCUUUGGCUUUCAAAGAGCAGAUCUGUCCCCAGGUCCCAGUGGAUGAGCACGACAUGAAGGUAGAUGAAGUCCUUUAUGAAGACUCUCCAGCAUCUUAAGUCAGACGAUGACAGCCAUACUCACUGUUUUGUACUGGUGUGAGGAAAAUAUGUGUGUUUUCCCCUUGUCAGAAACGAGUCACAAUGGCACAUUAAAGUGAAUAUGGAUUGUGUUUCUUUAGUGUAAAUAUAAAGUACCUACCAUAAAACCAUCUUUACAAAUCAAUAGAAGAAUGAAUACUAGAAUAUUAAUUCAAAUGGAGGCAAAAGCUCUGUGGUUUUCAGCUUAGCUUCCUGGUGUUAAGAUGGUAAGUUGACCUUUCUGCCUUGCAGUUUAAAUUAAAUAUUUAUGAGUAUUAGAGAAACAUAGAAAUUGGGGGUGAAGGCUCUAUUUCUUAAUGUCCAGUCAUCGGCCUGAUUGCUCUGGCAUAUGGAGACUCAGCUGUUAUUAAUUGGUUUGGCAGUACUUGCUAUGGAUAAAAUAUUCCCCAAGAAUAUUAUACCACCUAAUCGUGGCUUUAUUCACUCACCUUGAAGUUUUAUGUAUGACACUUCGUAGCUUCAUGUGGUGAAUAGAUGGGAAUCAUUUGUGGUUUACAUACUUUGAUUCAGUUGAUUGGUCUCUGGCCCUUAGGACUUUAAGAUCUGAUAUAUGUUAGGAAUCAUUUCUGUUGAUUCAUGGGUUCCAUUUGGAAAUGGAAGCUGCCAUGGGUUGGACAUUGGCAGAUGGCCUCACAGCCAGGGAGAGGUAAUUUUGUUGGGGGGGAGGGGAGAUUUGGUUAUCACAAGACACUCAGGGGUCUUCCUGGACAUGACUGCUUGCUUGGGUCCCACCCGCAGCCUGUCACCAGCUCCUGCUGGCGUUGCCUCUGGGAUGCCGUCUGCAUCUGUUCUCUCUUCCCUCUCAUCUUGCGGCUAUUUUCCUCAACCCUCAGCAUUUCUCAGCUGAAGUAGGCAGCUUCAUGCUCAGCUUCUUUUGCCUCCAAUUUAUUUCAGGAGUGAUCUGACAAGACAUGAAUCUAAUGUGGACUCUCCCAAUUGGAGUAUUCUGGAGACUUUUUAACAGUGAGAUGUCGCCUUCCACUGUGGAAGAAAUCUCUUGUAAGGGGCCCCUUACCCUUCUUCUACCAUCUUUUCCCUCUCUUCCUGUAUUAUCUUUCUGUGCAUGCUGUGAGCAUCACAGGCUGCUCCUGCCCUCUGCCCUGUGCAAGCCUGUUUUCCUCUGUCUGCUCAGUGUUGUCUUCUUUUGUCCUGAGAACUGCUGUGCUUCUUUAGGGCUCAGCCCCUGUGUUCUUCUUCCAGGAGGUCUUCUUGUCUCCCCCACUGCUGGUUCAAGUCCCCCCUUCUUCCCUGAAUGUGGCCAGUGCUCCGUUUAUCACAUUGACCUACAUAACAGUUAUUAGUGUCUGUGUCAGUUUCCUUCAUGAGUCUAUAAGUUCAAAGGAGCUUCCUGUGUUCAGUAUAUAACUGAUGUAGAGUAUUUGGUAACAUUUUUAAAGAAUAAACAAAAUGCAUGUACACUUACUUCAUUUAAACACAAAUCUGCUUUUUUUUUAUAUAAUAUAUAGUUUACAUAAUAUAUAGCUUGAUAUUUUAUGCACAAAAGUAAAAAAAAUACUUCAAAAAUGCCAAUUUGGCUAACAGUGGAUCUGUACAAUUUUGGAUAUACAAUGAGAAAUGAGAGAGAAAUGGAAUUCCUACAGCCUAGGAUGACAUGAUUAUACUGGUUGAUCUUCCAUGUUACUGCAACCGCAAGGUUAAGGUAAAUGUUGAUAUAGCUGGCAUGACUGUGAUAUAGUUAAAUCAUAAAAUUACCGAGCUACA